UGAAUCAUAUUGAAAUGUUGAAAGUUUAGUUUCACCCCAAAUAUAGCAAAAUUAUGUAGUUCUUAGUUUGAUAGUGGAUCGUUCUUCUUUUCAAAUGUUCUUGUGAUUUUUUUACCUAUGAUUGAAAAAGAUGCAUUAUCCCUAUGUUUAAGUUUAACUGUUUAUUGAUAUGCAACCCCUCCCCCAUCUUUAGACAUUAUGUACUCCUCAAUGAGUUUUAACUGGUUCGUAAAAUGCACUUAAUUAGCUGAGGAUAUUUAUUUGGCCAAAGAAGGAUUUUAAGACUGGGAGUUGUGAAAGUAGUUAAUUUACAAUUGGCAAUAGUUUCACUUUCAGUUCAUGUUAUCUGUGUUUAUGACAUUACCUAAUAGAAUGUUGCUGGUUCUGACAUUAUCAUGGAUCAAAAAAUUGAUCAGUGUUUAUGUGUAAAUAAAAUUGUAUAUUUGACUUAUAAUUCAGGGUUUAUGUUAGAUUUGCUUUUGAAAGAAAGCUCAAAGCUGAAAUAUUGAGAAUCUGCUAUGUUCAUGUUUAUGUUCAGCUUUCCCAUCACUUUUUUCACAUUUUUAGUGACAAGUUUAUAUUGUACUUAGCUUUAUCUUUAUCAUGUAUUGUCUCUUAGUUUACAAAUAAUGUUGCAAUUCAUCUUUGAUGUUGUAUAUUAAGCAAUUUUAUGAUACAUAUAUAGUUACUGAUCAUUCCAUGUUUUUUCUGUAGGAAUCUGUCGUUGUUCCUAAGUGGUUCGUGAGAAAAUUCCCUGAUGUUGGACAGUUGCAGAAUGUCCUUCUCUCGGAUCCAAUGGACAACACGUUUGCAAUUAAGGUCAGAUCAGAAGCCAGUAAAUUGCUUUUUGCGGAAGGUUUCGAAGAUAUCUGCCAAGCACACAACAUUGCUGAUAUUGUUCGUGUCCAUUAUACGUAUACUGGGACUGGCCAUUUCAAUAUUAGGAUAUUUUAUGACGAGGUCACGGAGGUUAAUUAUCAAGUGCUAGAGGAUCCUGUUGAUGAUGAUGAUGAGGAUUUUGCAGAUCAUGAUGAUGGGUAUUUUGCGUGGUUGAAUGUGCUCACCAAACCGAUGGUCACUGACGGUCAAGUGUUGAGCAUCCCUGCAAAAUAUGUGAAUACCAAGCUCAAACACCAUCCAUCAUCACUGAAUAUCAUAUUACCUGAUGAGUCCGUGGAGCGAUGGGUUCUGAAAUGGGCCACAGAGAGGCCAUGGCAAUGUGUGUUCGGGGUUGGUUGGUAUGAUUUUGCUACGAACCAACGUCUCCGUGCUCGUGACCAGUUAGUAUUCUAUAAGAUGCCUCAAGCCGACACCUACAAGGUUGUCAUUAUCCGCCACUAAUUUGGGAGCUGCUGAAGUUUGGUCUUUGGAUUUGGGAAGGAACUUUGGAUUUUGUAAUGGGUUUAUCUUUGAAUUGGUGGUGUUAUCUCUAGACUUUAUGUGUCUAUUAGUAUUAGUAAUUAUAUUGGCUGCAUUAGUAGUUAAAUUUGCUAUGUAUGGAGUGUUUAAUUAUAUGUUUGUGUUGUUAAUUUUGCUGAACUUGAGUUGAUAAGUUGUCAUGUA